AUGCACGUUCCCCACGCCAGAGAUGUCGCAAAGGCGCCCUCAGCUGCGGAAGACCCAAAAGAUAUGGAAAAAAAUAACAAUAGAAACAUUAACAACAACAACAAGAAAAGGAAAAAGAAGAAAAAGAACCAGCAAGAGGCUCCACUGUCUAUUGACGACGUGGAGGAGUUGAGUCGAAGACGUGAGCAGCUGCAGAGUGACUUGGAGACUUCCCUCGCUCGCAUCGCGGAGAUACAGGCGUGGAUUCGACAAAAAAAUGACGAAAGUCAUGACCAGAACGCCGAUGCAAAAGUCUCUCAUCGACAGCAGCAAUUGGAGUGCGCAUUGCAGGAACUCACGGCUGCACGUGCCGCAGUGUGGGCAAUGCCUGUGGGUCUAUGGAAGGACCUUUACAGUUUGCGCCAUCCGCCGUCUGCCGUUGCUGCGAUCGUCAAGACCGCCGUGUGUUUGUUGGGCGAGCGGUUAUACAUGUCCUGGGAGCACUGCUGUGGCAUUAGGGAUUUGCGGCGGCGGAUUGUGAAACGCGAGCCAUCAGCCGUGACGGCUGCGGAGCUUGCGACGGUGCAGCGGUGCGAUUUAAAACUUAAAUGGUCGCAUGAUCGUGUUGUGCGUGUGCAUCCGACGUUGGGGCCGCUGCACCAGUGGAUCGCCGCCAUGCUGAGGGCGAGCAAGGCCGCUGCGAAAGCAGGCGGCGAAAAGAAGGAAUUGGGAGAGGACGGUGAGCGGAAGAGCGCCGCUGCGGCCGCCGAGACGGCCGCUCUCAUGCGAGAGAUGGAGGAGCACGCGGAGUACGUGCAGCUGGCGAGGGAGGAGCUGGCGGCGAUUGAUGCGUUGCUGCGAGAUGCCACCCACGAGGCGGACGUGCAUGACGCGAGUGUGGAGACGCCAUGCUCGUCACCGAAGACGCGCAGCAACAUGACUUUUUUGCUAACGGACGCCUCGACGAGGCCACAAACGGAGUCGUUGGCUUCCGGCAGAAGUUCCACGUUAUCUGCGACAGAAAAAGGCUCCGUUAGGCAGCAGUCAUUGAGACAGCAGGAGUCACGGAAUGCGGAUGUGGCCGAUGCCGUUCGUUCCUCCACCUUCUCCUUUUCCUUUUCUUUCUCUGCUGCCGCUGCUGCUUCUACUUCUACUGCUGCUGCAGGCGUGCCUUCCGUCGUGCCCCGCUUGCGGCUCGAGUCCUGUGGUGUGGGGAAUGUUGAAAGCAACACCGGCAUGGCGGGGGGUGUUGUCAGGAGCGACACCCCGCGGGUCAUUCGAGCGCGGUUUGAGGAGUUGCGUGCAAGUCCACGUAUUCGAAGUCCGCGUUUGGGCCGUCCCGUCACUGUACACAGUGCACGCCUUGUUGAGGGCUCUACAUGCAAAAAUUCGAAGACUUUUCUAGAUUCCGUUUCCCCAUGCGGCACCGCUGCUCUCCUGCAAGAACGGGCCGAUCUGUUGCAACGUGUGCACGACCUGGAGGACAGGCUGAAGGAGGCGUACCAUCGCAAUCCAUCCAUGGCGGAGUUUCAGCUCAUGCGUGAUGAGAUGACGGCGGCAAAGCAGGAGCUAUUGGCGUUGCGUGUAGAACACAGUCAGUUACUUGGACAGACAAAACGGUGCUCACUCUAUAGACUCCGUGUUCCACGUGAAAACGGAGCACAGGAUGAGUCAUGCGAUGGGGAUGGUGGCGCGGCCGCCACGACCAUACGGGAGUUGGAGGAGCAGUUGCGUGCGGCACACGAAAAGAUUCAACAGCUAGAGGCGCAGGCCGCCUUGAAUACGCUUCGGGGGAUGAAUGCAUCCGUUUCUUCAGAGUACAGUGACCGCUUGACCCAAACAGGCGGAGACAACCCUCUUAAUGCGCAUGCCACUUUGCCGACGGGGGGCGGUGAGGGCAAUGCGGUGAGUUGUGCCCCAACACUGCGGCAACAACAACAGCAACAAAUGCAGCAGCAGAAGCGCCUGGACGAUGCGCUACAGCAGUUGGAAGCGCAACGGGACGCUCUCGCCGUGUCGGAGGAGCGUCUCAAUCAGGAGAUGCAUGCCCAUCACGCCAGGCAGCAGCAGGUGCGGCAGCUACAGGAGGAACUCACGACGGUUUGGAGGCGACUAGAGAGCGCGGAGCAUCAACUGAGGCUGACGCUUGAAGAGCGUGAUGACAAAAUGGAGGGACGGGGUGGUGUUGCCACUCGUCGUUCAAUGCCGGGGGAGUCACGAGAUGUUGCCGCCUCGCUGCAUUACGAAUUGAAGCAACUCCAUCAGCGCGAUGUGGCGAACCAACAGACGAUUGAGCGGCUGCGCGUCGAGUUGGCCACACUGAGGCGGCGUCGGGCGGAGGAGCGUCAGCGGCAGAAGGAGCUGCGUGCUGCACGAGCCGCCAUGUUGGAGCGGCUUGAGAAGACUUUUGCCGAGGCGUUACGGCGGCAGGACUGCAGCAUGCGGGCCAUUCCACAGGCACUUGCACGUGCGCGAAAUGAGUUGGGGCAGCUCAACAUGCAGCGGAGCUAA